GCCUCUAUUACCAUCCAUCCACUAUGCCUGAACCAACCACCCCAAUCACCCUAAUCGAGCUCACGCCCACCGAGCUCGAGUCCAAAAGCAUCAAUUCGCAUAACCUACAGCACUCCCUCGAAGCGCUGCACCGCGAUGGCGUCGUCGUUCUCACGAACGCCGUCGACCCAGCGCAUCUCGACCGCCUCAACUCGCGCAUGGUCCCCGAAGCAAAGCAGCUCUAUGCGCAGGCCUCCACCCACCGCAACUUCGGCCCUGACACCGGCAACAUCCAGCAGGAGCCUGUCUGCUCGCCCGAGUACAUCUUCUCCGACGUCAUCGCCAAUCCCUUCGCCACGGCGGUGAUCGAAAGCAUGAUCGGCCCGUCGCCGCACCUGCGCUUCUACAGCGCCAACACGGCCUUUAAAGCCACGGCUCGCCAGCCCGUUCACAUCGAUAUCGACUUCGAUAUGCCGAGAAUGCCCUUCGCUUUCUGCGUGAAUACCAACCUCGUCGAUACGGAGCCGCAGAACGGCGCCACUGAGAUCUGGCCCGGGAGUCAUAUCGACACGGAUCGCAGCGUGCUGGACCGGAACUUCUCGCAUAAGCAGAUCAAACAGGAUCUACUAGAUGCGAGACGUGCGGUUGCUCCGCCCGUGCAGCCGGCCCUGCCCAAGGGGUCGUUGAUCAUUCGUGAUUUUCGGCUGUGGCAUGCCGGCAUGCCGAAUUUGACGGACGAGCCGCGUGUGAUGCUCGUGACGAUCCAGUUCGCGAGGUGGUAUCGCAGUGAGCAGCGAUUCGUGCUGCCUAGGAGUCUAAAGGGGAAGAUUGAUUUUGGGAAUGUGGUGCCGUGCGUGGAGUGGGUGGAUGAGGAGUAUGAUUAUUUGCAGGGGAGGCAUGAUCAUGACUUUAGGUUGUUGGAUUGAUCGUGCACCUAGUUCAAGUAUUAUUUAGUAUAUGGAUGCGCUGUAGAUAUACGCG